AUGCCAGCUAAGGAGAUUAACCCCUCCUUAUGUGAGCGUUACGUGAUUUUCUUAGACAUUGACGGCGUGCUUCUUCCCGUCCCUCGCUUCACCUUCGGUGGGGGUGAGCUCACCGCGAGUUGCGUCGAGAGGCUUCAGCAGAUUAUCGACAAUGCUGGUGGUAAAGAGAAGGUUACCAUCAUUCUCUCCUCCACCUGGCGAAACUCACCCGAGAUGGUGCAGCGGCUCAAUCGGUACUUUAAGGAGGUGGUGGGGGAUGCCAUACCAUGCGUGGAAGGGGGCACGCCGAACGGAACGAUUAUUAUAAGUCAAGUUACGUAUUACCCGAACGAUCCAACGGAGCAGCGCUUGGUGCGCGACCGCGUAGAUGAGAUUUAUCGCUGGAUUCACACCCACAUUACUGAUCAUCCGGAGGCGAUUGGCGGGAGGUGGUUCGCAAUUGAUGAUAUGCAACUCGACGUCGACGCACGCAUGGCAGGGCAUUUCCUGAAAACCGAAACAGAAGUCGGUCUUACCGAGGAUAAUGUAGAGCAGGCGAGAGGGAUUAUAUCGUCAUUCCCGACGAAGGAAGUCGCAGUCGAGAAAUCAAAGUACGCGCUUGUUGAUCCGACACUAAAGGAUGAGGAAAUCGAGAUCUUAAAGAUUCAACGUGAUCAACUUCAGGAGAAGGUUAAUGAUCUGGAAAAGACUUUGAGCGCUACGAAGGAGGAACUUGCGAGCCUGGCAGCGACCCGGCGAGAGAUGGAGCGGGAGCUCAAGGAUCGCAAGAUGCAGAUGGAGGACAUGGGGUAUAGGCUAGCCUUGGCUGAGUUUUCUAAGAAUAACAAGGUCCUUGCAGCGGCGCUAGCCUACGCGACUACCACAUAUGGCAAAGAGCGGAAAGAAGUGGAUGCCAAGAUUAGAGACCUGGUUGCUCUUUUACGAUCAAGGAAAGAGCUUGAUAAGGCCGUGAGAUCUGAAAUGCGGAAGAUGAGGAAGGCCUCUAUAGAGAACGCUUAG